AUGGAUGUUGAGGAGAACAGAAGUGACAACAUGGCCCCUGAUGACAAGGAAGAGAGCUCGCCCCCAACAAGCGACCAUGAAAGCGCACCCGAGAGCAGCCACGAACUAGACUGGGAGAACGACCCUCGCAACCCUUACAACUGGAGCGAUGGAAAGCGGCUCUACCAUACCGUCUGCGUUUCUCUCUACGCAUUCACUGUCACCUACAUGUCCUCAGCCUACGCCCCCGGCGCCAAAGCAACCAGCCAAGCCCUUCACGUCUCGGAAACAGUGUCCCUCCUCGGCAUCUCCCUCUUCUGUCUCGGCCUGGCAUUCGGGCCCGUCAUUGGCGCACCGCUCAGCGAAACAGCAGGUCGACUGAUCGUGUACCGCCUAGGGCUUCCCAUCUGCAUCCUCUUUCUCAUCGGCGCCGCGACAUCGGAUAACAUUGGCGGCGUUGUCGUCUGCCGCUUCUUUGCUGGAGUUUUUGGAAGCCCGGCUUUGAGCGUCGGCGGAGGGACAAUGGCGGACCUGUGGCCUCCUGCCCGUCGCGGGCCCUCGAUGGCGCUGUUUGUCAUGGCCCCCUUUAUGGGGCCUUGCAUUGCCCCAAUUAUAGGUGGCUUUGUCGUGGAAAGGCUCAACUGGCGAUGGCUCGAAUGGGUCUCCAUCUUCUGGGGCGUCGCGACAUGCGUCUUCGCAAUUGGUAUGCAAGAGACAUACAAGAAGAUCUUGCUCGCACGAGGCAACAAGAAAACCAUCAAGGAAAAGCUGUCCUCCACGAUGAAGAUUCCCACAUUGAGCUGGACCGCGAUACACACGUGGGCAACUGAGUCGCUGAUAAGACCCAUGCACUUGCUCUUCACCGAGCCCAUUGUCCUCUUCCUAAGCCUCUACGUCGGCUUCGACUUUGCCGUCCUGUACGCCUUCUUUGCUUCCAUACCGCUGGUGUUUCAAAAGACAUAUGGCUUUAAUUCUCACCAGAACGGACUCGUCUUCAUCUCCCUAGGCAUCGGCGCGCUGCUCGCAACGGCGACCAAUCUUCUCUCUGACCGCCUUAUCUACCGAAAGAAGGCCAAGGAGGCGCAGGAGAGGGGCGACACAGGCCAUUUACCGCCCGAGCAACGACUUUACCCGGCCAUGAUGGGUAGUCUGGGUGUUGCCGUUGGUCUGUUCUGGUUUGCCUGGACUGCUCGGCCUGAUAUACACUGGAUAAGCCCGGUGCUGGCUCUCAUUCCUUUCAACUGGGGUAACCUAUGUAUAUUCGCAUGCAGCAUUACUUAUAUGAUUGACUGCUACGGUUCUCGAUACGGCGCUUCGGCGCUUUCGGCAAACGCCUUUACGCGCUACGUCUUUGCGGCUGCUUUUCCGCUGUUUGUUAUUCAGAUGUACAAUAACUUGACGACGAAAUGGGCCGCCAGUCUCCUUGGCUUCAUCGCCAUUGCCCUGAUUCCAAUUCCGUGGGUGCUCUUUAGGUUUGGUGCGAGCAUUAGAAAGAGGACUCGGUACGCAUUUUAG